AUGAAAAAGUUACCAGAAGCCAGACCCGACCAGAGGUACGUUUGUCUUCUGUGCGACUUCCGCACCAAUCGCAAGGCCAUCUACCACCACAUACGCAACCACGUGCUCAAGAUGGAGUGCCCGAUAUGUUACGAGAUAAUUCCCAACAAACACGACUUCGCAAUUCAUAUAGACCAAUCACAUGCAGACAAAAAGAAAACCUUACAGUUCUGCGAACCAUGCAAACUUGAGUUCCCAAACACUGCUGAACUGAUCCGACAUAAAAAAUUCUCCCAUAACGUUGUCAAAUGCACAUUCUGCCCAGAGAGUAUGAUUCGAAAGAAGAUGGUGAAGCAUAUGAGACAAUUCCACGAACUCGACUUGCCAACUUGCGAGAUGUGUGGCUUCAAAUCCAUACAUAAGAGCAAAGUAACCCGGCACAAAAAACUAGUUCAUUUGAAAGAGAAAAGGAUGACAUGUGACGUUUGUAAAUACCAAUGCUUCGAUACUUACGCCUUAAAAAAGCACAUGGUUAGGCACGAAGGGGAGAAGUCAUACGAGUGUAAGUUUUGCAAGAAGAAAUUUGCGCGUAAGACAACUUGUAGUAUGCAUGAGAAGAUCCACACGGGGGAGAAGAACAAGGUUUGUGAGUUGUGUGGCGCCGCCUUUGUGCAGAAAGCGAGUUUGAACUACCACAUGUUGAAAUACCAUCCUGAUAGUGUUCAGGACUGCAAGCAAUAG